AUGUUCUCCACCACCAACGCUCUGCUUGCCCUGGCGGCUGCUCGCGCCGCUAUUGCCACCGGUGUCUCGGUCACACCCCACGACAGCUACUCGUCGUCGGUUGGCGUUCUCGGCUGCUAUAUCGAUACCAACCGUGUUGCCUACUGGCCCGGAUCCGUCGACUGCAACAACCUGUGUGUUAAGGUCACCAACGGCGACCGCUCCGUGCACCUGCUGCGGAUCGACCAGUCGGGUGGCGCUCACGACAUCAGCUAUGACGCCUGGAACUACCUUCAGACUGGCUCGUCGGCCACCGUCGACCCCAUUGCCGGCGGCGGUGUUGCUAUGGAGUACGAGGAUGUCGACGCCUCCGAGUGCGCUUCGCUCAUCAAGACUCCCGGUAACAAGCUGCCGCUGUCGGCCUCCAACAGCAUGGACUAUGUCGCCAGCUGCCUGGCGGACUCGAGCAGCUGGGUCGGCCAGAACCACGUGCUAUACAACAUUGCCGACCCGCUCUGCUCGCUGGGCUACGACGAGACCUGCACGCUCGACCUUAGCGUGAGCAAUCAGCCCAGCUGCCCGCACACUCUGGGCCUGACGACUUCUCUGACCUCCACGCACGUCUACAACAUCGAGUAUCCCUCGGGCAAGUGCGUUGACGCCUCAUCUGGUGACGAGGUCUCGGCCAGCGUGGCCCUGUCUAGCGACAGCGAGUCUGACUCGUCUGCCAGCGGCAGCUCGGGCUCAUCGUCUGCUGCCGCUAAGCUCAAGACCGCCGUCGCUGCAGUGUCCUCUUCGUCUGCUGCCGCUUCGACUGUCCCGACCACCUCGUCGCCGGCCGCUGUGGUGCCUCCCACUACCUCUUCUUCUUCUUCGUCUACUGCGGCAACGCAGGUGAACUCGCCUGGUGUCUUUGUUGCCACCAGCCAGUCCGCCGGCAACAGCCAACAGGUAAGCAGUGACAGCAGCCAGUCUGCUUUUUCUUCGGUUCUUUCGCCCUCCUCCUCUUCUUUCUCCAUUUCUUCCACCACGACCGAUACGAUCUCCAUGACCGCCACGAGCACCUCGACGGUGCGCUGCAACUCUACGUUCUCCACGAUCUCCCCGCUCUUCCCGCUUUCUUCGUCAUCCGUGCCCUCUUCGUCCUCGGUGCGGCCCCCCUCCGUGCGGCCCUCCGUGCGACCCUCCGUGUCGUACAAUGCGUCGUCCGUACGUGUCCCCGUUCCCUCUUCGUCCUCCCCGUUCUCCAUGAUCUCUCCGCUCUCUUCGUCGUCCAUGCCCUCUUCGUCCUACGCGCGGCCCUCCGUGCGGCCCUCCGUGUCGCACAAUGCGUCGUUCGUGCGUGUUCCCGGUCCCUCCUCGUCCUUCCCGCCUUCCGCUGCGUCGUCCGUCGUCCGUGCCCCCAUUCCUGUCCCGUCCUCCUCUGCGCCUCCCUCCGCGUCCUCUGCGUCGUCGUCAUCUUCGUCCUUGUCCGAGACGCCCCGUCUGACCACGUCACAGACCACCACGUCAAGCAGCAGCACCGCGCCGACCACGACGAGCAACAGCUCGUCAACGUCCGUUGCCGCCGUCUCUUCCGGCUCGUCGGCCGCCGCCGUCUCUUCCAGCUCGGCUGCUGUCGCCGCUCCUUCUAUCAAGCAGUCGUCGUCUGCCGCUGCCAAGCCGACCAUGAGCACCGCGGAGCCUGCUACAACCUUGUCCAAGACCACGCUGGCUGGCGCCCCCUCGAACACCGCUGCGGUUGUUAGCACGGGCACUGUCCGCCCCUCCACGUCAGCCACGGCCUCAUCGGGAUCAACGUCACCGUCGACCGUCGUUGUGUCGGGUGCCUCGGCCGGGGUUGCAGGCUCUCUGCGCGCCGCCGCGGCCCUGACGGGUGCCUGGGCUGCAUGGAUGCUUUUUUAA